CUGAUCCGUCACGUGACUCGCCCCUUUUGCAAGAUGGAGUUAAGCGAGUCUGUGCAGAAGGGGCUGCAGCUCCUGGCCGAUCAGUCUGCCGUGAACCACCGCAGCUUUCAGGUGCUGCUGGAUGUCUCCUCCCGGGGUCUGCUCUCCUCCCGGGCCGACCCCACAGUCCUCGAUCAGCCCGAGCUGAAGCACAUGGACAGGAUCCUGCUGAAGCAGAGUCACGCAGCCCUGACCACCUUCAUCCUGGAAGCGGUCAAACACAACGCCGACAAGUCCACGACGAGCUCCUGCCUUGAGGAGCUCACAUUCAGCACAGACAGAAUAGAAAUAUUCUUCAACGCAUAUCAGGUCAGAUCAUGUUGAUUAAUAAAAAAAAAAUUUUUUUUUAAAUUACAUUUAACGACUGCAGUUUUGACUAACUUGUGUGGGUGGUAAACUGGGGUUUGAUUUGUUUUACAGAAACAUAAAAAUGACAUAGAGCGUCUGUUGAGCAGCAUGGGCAGACGUCCCCCUCACGUCAACGACGUAUCGUGGCGUCUGCAGUACCACAUGAAGAACGGGCAGCUGGAUAAGAUCAACGAGCCUUUCUACCUGAUCUCUCUGAACACGGAGAAUGAAGGAUCCUCGGAGGAUAUCAACUUCUCCUGCACAACGGAGCAGCUGCAGGAUCUGGUGUCAAAGUUGAAAGAUGCUGCCAAGAGUGUGGAGAAAGCCAGUCAGAUGUUUUACACCCACAUCAGCUGCAGCUUCAAAGCUCCUCAGUUGGAGCUGCGCAGCGGCUCGGAUUCCAUAAACAUCCCAAAUUCCUCCAUGCUCAGCCGGCUGCAAGCGUCUGCCUCCCAACUUUCAUUGUCUCCGCCGCGUCGAGAGCCGCCGAUCGCCAGCCGAGCCUGCAGUUCUGUCAACAUGCAUCGGACCACCAGGAUAAAGAUCACCGAGCUCAACCCUCAUCUCAUAUGCGUCCUCUGUGGAGGAUACUUCAUAGACGCAACCACCAUCAUCGAAUGCCUCCACUCUUUCUGCAAAAUGUGCAUUGUGCGCUACCUGGAAACGAGCAAAUAUUGUCCCAUCUGUGAUGUACAAGUGCAUAAAACGAAACCCCUGCUCAACAUUAGAUCUGACAAAACUCUGCAGGACAUUGUGUACAAACUGGUCCCAGGCCUCUUUAAAAAUGAAAUGAAAAGGAGGAGAGACUUUUAUGCAGAGCAUCCUGUAGAUGCUUCCAACGGUUCACAUGAGGACCGUGGCGAGGUGGCGGACGAGGAUAAGAGAAUUAUCACCGAUGACGAGAUCAUCAGCCUCUCCAUCGAGUUCUUCGAUCAGACCCGACUUGUAGGCGGGGUGGAAGACAAGCAAACAAAAGAUCAGGUGGCUAACAAGAGGUACCUGCAGUGUCCAGCCGCCAUGACAGUCAUGCAUCUGAGGAAGUUUUUGCGCAGCAAGAUGGACAUCCCAAACACAUAUCAGGUUGAAGUCAUGUAUGAAGACGAGCCUCUCAAAGAUUACUACACAUUAAUGGAUAUAGCUUAUAUCUACACUUGGAGAAGGAACGGACCCUUACCUCUGAAGUACCGGGUCCGACCCAACUGCAAGAAAAUGAAGGUGAACCACCCCCAGCAGGAGGGUCAGAACAAUGCAAGCAGGUCCGGUCCGGAGAGCGACUCUGCCAGCGACAAAGCGGGGAGUCCCGUCGGGGCUCCCUCCACCUCGUCGUCCCUGCCAAGCCCCGGAACCCCCGCGCAGUCCCCGCAUCCUCAGCUCCCUCACGGCCCGGGCAACAAUAGCAGCAGCACCGUGAACGGAAGUUCAGCUGCUGUCUCAGCCGCGGCGGGAGCUCAGACCCCGAGCCGGUCCUUCGGCCAGUUCAGCGGCGGCAGCGGGGGCGGCAGCGGCGGGAAGCCGCGGAAGGUGUCCCUGAACGGCUCGGCGACUUCGUCCGGAUGACGCGGAGCUCCGGAGCCGACCUGCCAACGCCAGACUCCCGCUCAGCUCCUGCAUUUUCCACGCCAACGUAGUUCCACUGUGUAGACAAUGUUCUCUCUCUUUCUGUCUCCAUUCGUCGUUCUGAAUAUUAUGGCAUCAUUUGUAAGUUUAAACGUAGUGGAACCAGAGACAUUUCAAAAUAAAAAAAGAAGAAGGUUGAAAUGGGAAAUUCAGUCUGAAAGGAAAAUGUUGGAAGGGGAGGAGAAAGAAGAAGAAAGUUGGAUAACAUGUCUCCCCCCUUUAAAAGCUACAUCUUUAUUUUUACAGGAGUGACUGAAGGUGACACUUAGAUUUUUUUUUUGUCUCUUCAAUUUAAAGGUGUUUCUCAUGAUUAAUUCAUGUGUGUUGGGAUAUUUUCAAGCACAGUUUAAUGCGCAUGCUCAUUGUGACUUCUCUGUUCAGGAAGAGGCUUCAGGGUUCGGACCCCUUUUCUAGAGUUUUUGGAAGUGUUUUGGGCGUCAGGAGUUUGUGAAGCUGGAAGCAUCAAUGGGAGACAAAUAAAAGCAUUUCUGCCUUUUACUGGAAAACAAACAAACAAACAAAAAAUAACACCCUUCCUUGUAUCUGGACUGUUCAUCCUUCACGUCUUUUAAAGGUUUCCGCGUGUAAAUAGAGACAAAGUGCAUAUUUAAUCAGCCAUGGUGUUAUUCUCUGCCCUUUGUUCUAAAGGAAGGACUUGGCUUCAUUUCACGACAGAUGUUUUCAUGUCUCUGUUUUCUGUAUUUGUAUCGCUCAAUUGUAUGAACAACUUACCGUAUUGUUACUGUUGCACAGUAUAAAACAUCUAAAUAAAACAUUUUACACUUAUGCAGAAAA